AUGGGCGACCUGAACUAUCCUGGCCACCUGAUCCGGUGCGAGGAGCCCCAGCCGCCACAGCCCGAGGCAGCGACGUCCUUUGUUUUCGUGGACACCGACGAGCAGCUCGCCGAGUGCGCCGCGCACCUCGCGGCCCAGCCGGAGGUGGCUGUCGACCUCGAACACCACGACCUGCACUCCUUCGAGGGCGUCACGUGCCUGAUCCAGGCCUCGAGCCGGACGCGCGACUUCGUGAUCGACGCGCUCGUCCUGCGGCACGCCAUCCCCUCGGCGCUCGGGCCCGUGUUCGAGGACCCCAAAAUCGUCAAGGUGCUGCAUGAGGCCCGCGAAGACGUCAGCUGGCUGCAGCGGGACUUCGGGAUCUGGAUCGUGACGCUCUUCGAUACGGCCGUCGCGGCGCGCGUGCUCCAGCAGCGGUUCAGCCUCGCCGCCCUCAUGCAGGACGUGUGCGGCGUCCACAUUAGCAAGAGCCAUCAGAGGGCCGAUUGGCGGCUCCGGCCGAUCCCCGACGCCAUGAUGGACUACGCCAGGCGCGACACGCACAGCCUGCUGUACGUCUACGACGUCCUGCGCCGGCGGCUUCUCGACACGCCGCCCUCGGAGGUCCCGGAAGCUCAGCGCGUCGAGGAGUGGCCGGGGGGUGUCAAGUGCGCCGGUGCGGCGGGGCCGCCUCGAGGGCGGCACGACGCACCGGGCAUGCUCGGCGCGUUCGCGACGGUGCUCGAGCGGUCGCGGCAGGUGUCGUUGCGGAUGUACAAGUCGCCGAACUUGCCGCCAAGCGAGUGGCGCCAGGCCUACUCGAAAUCCACGAAGACGUUGAGGAUGGGUGGCCUAGACGACAGGCAGCGGACGACGUUCCGGAUGCUGUACGAGUGGCGGUACACGGUCGCGAGGAGCAAGGACGAGAGCAUGGCCUGCAUCGUGACGCGGGAGAACCUUUUCAAGCUCGCGCGCGAGCAGCCGACGACGGCGAACGCCGUGCGCAGCGUAUUGAGGUUCCGCCCCAAGUGCCACGCCGCGAUCAACGCGACUGACGUUGCGCGGGUUGUGCGCGAGUCUCUAGCCGAGCCGCCAGAUGAGUGGCCGCGGAGCCGCGAUGGCGCAAGCGACGAUGCGGAUAACGACGAGGUCGGACGCAGUGCGUCUGACGCAGGCCGGGGCGGCAGCGCCGCAGCAGAAGGUUUCCGGGGUGACGGUGGCGUUGUGGCAGCCGAGGGCGGGCCCGCGGAGCUGGCUGGAGCAAAGCACGCCCCCGUGCCUCCUGCGAAGACUGCGCGCUUGAAAGAGAAGCCCGUUCGUAUCGAGGCGGUGGAGCGGCCGGCCGAGGCUGGGCGCGAGGGACACAGAGCGCAAACUGCCAAGCCCGCGAAAUCCGCGCCGGUCGACCAGGCGGAGGCGGACAUCGGACCGGAGGCCGGGCGCGGGCGCGGGCGCGGGCGCGGGGGCGGGGGCGGGCGCGGGCGCGGGGGCGGGGGCGGGCGCGGGCGCACGACAGCUGGACGUGGCCGGGGGCGCGGGGAGCGCGCGGCCCGCAAUACGGGCCAGUAG